UCGAGAAGGAAUUCCUAGCAGAUGUUCAAAUUCUGGGCACGAUUCGCCAUUGCAACAUAGUGAAAUUGUUGUGCUGCAUUUCAAGUGAGACUACAAAACUCCUCGUCUAUGAGUAUAUGGAAAAUAGCAGCCUGGACCGGUGGCUCCAUGGGAAGAACCGGCAGUUCAGUGUCUCAGGUCCAGCCCAUCAUGCUGUCUUGGACUGGCCUAAGCGGCUUCAAAUUGCAGUGGGAACUGCCCGGGGACUGUGCUACAUGCACCAUGAAUGCUCACCUGCAGUAAUUCACCGAGACGUGAAAUCAAGCAAUAUCUUGUUGGAUUCUAGCUUCAAUGCAAAGGUUGCAGAUUUUGGUCUAGCCAAGAUGGUAGUCAAGCAUGGAGAGACUAAUACAAUGUCAGUUGUGGCUGGUUCUGUUGGGUACUUGCCACCAGAGUAUGCUCACACAACAAGAGCGAACGAGAAGAUCGAUGUGUAUGGCUUUGGUGUGGUCCUUCUGGAACUAGUUACUGGAAGGGAAGCCAACAACAAUGGGGAUGAAGAUACUUGCCUUGCCGAAUGGGCAUGGCACCACAUUCAAGACGGAAACCCCUUAGUUGAUGCCUUGGACGAGGAGAUGAAAGAACCUUGUUACCUGGAUGAAAUGACUUGUGUCUUCAAGCUCGGGAUCGUUUGCACGGGCAGGUGUCCCUCAACUAGGCCUAGCAUGAAGGAGGUUCUGCAGAUCCUGCUGGGCUGUGGCAGCCAUCGACCUGAAUUAGGAGAGAAAAUUAAUGGAAGCGAGAAUGCCGGCACUCCUUUCCUCAAGAAUUCCAGGCGUGAGAGGUUGUUGGACGAUGAGGAUGAUAGUUUGGUGUCCAAUGUUUAGUCUCUUCACUAAAGAACCUGAUUAGCAUGAUGC